GACACGUCACAAUAUGACUGACAACAAUGUUCAUGCAAGUUUCUCCCUUUUCAUUUGUGGAGUCAUUUUCUUUUCAUUGUAAAUUUUAAGCGUGUCAAACGGAAGUGAGAUCACAACAAAAUAAUGAUGGGAGCAUAAAUAAAUAUUGAGCUUUUUUUCCGGGCAGCAUUGACACUUUGAACUGAAAAAGGUGGCGACAUACACAGAUCCAAAAAAAUGAUCAUUUCUCGGGAAAUCAUCCGAAGGGAAUUGUAAUUAUAGAAAUGGACUGAAGAGGGCGCUAUUACGUAAGAGCCGAGCUUCAUUUGGCUGCAACAUAAACAUGGCGGUCGGUAUGACGUAGUGAGCUAACAAACGUAACGUCGUCGACGGUGGGGGGGCUCCCGAGCGCCAUUACGUAAUAGCCGUCCCGCAAUUAAAGCCGGAAGUGGGCGUCGUCCUGAUUCCGCCGAAGGACACCCAUCAAGGACGCCUUUCCCACAAUGCACUGCGAUGACAUGGCGGCAAAUGCCGGCGGCGACCACCUCAGGCGCGGACGGAGGCCGCCCGGAGGCGACUCGGGUGCUCGGCAUGCGGCUGGAGACCAGCGACAAGCCGGCCGGCACCGGUGACGGCGGCGUUCUGCAGGUGACCGAGGACAGCUCCGUGCGGCUGCGCUUCUACGGGCUCAGGCUGCACCCGGGCGCCUGGAGGCUCAUCCGCUUCACGGAGAGGGACGCGGCGGGGGCCUGCUCGGACUUCACGAAGGACGUCGAGGUCGGGACCGGCAUGAACGUGAGCGGCCGGGGCACGGCGGGGCUGGUGCGCGUGCGCGUCAAGCCGCUGCGCAAGAGCCAGCCGAGCAGCGAGUACGUGCUGUGCACGCGCGCCGACGACGGCUGGGAGCCGCUGGGCGACGGGGACGGCCGCCUGCUGGUGGUGGAGGAGAAGAAGUCGCUGUUGCCGCUGUGGCUGCAGGUGAUCCUGAUCUCGGGACUGCUGCUUCUGUCGGGCAUGUUCAGCGGCCUCAACCUGGGCCUGAUGGCGCUGGACCCCAUGGAGCUGCGCAUCGUCCAGAGCUGCGGGACGGACAAGGAGAAGAAGUACGCCCGCAAGAUCGAGCCCAUCCGCAGCAAGGGCAACUACCUGCUGUGCUCGCUGCUCCUGGGCAACGUCCUGGUCAACACCACCCUCACCAUCCUGCUGGACGACCUGACGGGCUCGGGCCCCGGCGCCGUGGCCGCCUCCACCGUGGGCAUCGUCAUCUUCGGCGAGAUCGCGCCCCAGGCGCUGUGCUCGCGCCACGGGCUGGCCGUGGGCGCCGACACCAUCGCGCUCACCAAGUUCUUCAUGUUGCUGACCUUCCCGCUCAGCUUCCCCGUCAGCAAGCUGCUGGACGUGCUGCUGGGCCAGGAGAUCGGAACCGUGUACAACCGCGAGAAGCUGGUGGGGAUGCUCAAGGUCACCGAGCCCUACAACGACCUGGUCAAGGAGGAGCUCAACAUGAUCCAGGGGGCGCUGGAGCUGCGCACCAAGACGGUGGAGGACGUCAUGACGCCGCUGGCCGACUGCUUCAUGAUCCAGGCGGACGCCGUGCUGGACUUCGACACCAUGUCGGAGAUCAUGGAGAGCGGCUACACGCGCAUCCCCGUCUUCGACGACGAGCGCUGCAACAUCGUGGACAUCCUGUACGUCAAGGACUUGGCCUUCGUCGACCCCGACGACUGCACCACGCUCAAGACCAUCACCAAGUUCUACAACCACCCCGUCCACUUUGUCUUCCACGACACCAAGUUGGACACCAUGCUGGAGGAGUUCAAGAAAGGCAAAUCGCACCUGGCCAUCGUGCAGAAGGUCAACGACGAGGGCGAGUGCGACCCCUUCUACCAGGUGCUGGGAUUGGUCACCCUGGAAGACGUCAUCGAGGAGAUCAUCAAGUCGGAGAUCCUGGACGAGUCCGACCUUUACACCGACAACCGCACCAAGAAGCGAGUGGACGCCGCCAAGAGCAAACGGGACUUCUCGGCGUUCAGACCCGACAGCGACGCCAAGGCCAAGAUCUCGCCGCAGCUGACGCUGGCCGCGCACCGUUUCCUGGCGACAGAGGUGAGCCCGUUCGGCGCCCUCCACGUGACCGAGAAGGUCCUGCUGAGGAUCUUGAGGCAUCCCGACGUCGUGCAGGAGCUCAAGUUCGACGACGACGACAAGCGCGCCCCGCAGCACUUCCUGUACCAGCGCGGCAAGCCCGUCGACUACUUUGUCCUCAUCCUGCAAGGCCGAGUGGAGGUGGAGGCGGGAAACGAGAACAUGAAGUUUGAGACGGGCCCGUUCUCCUACUACGGCGUCAUGGCGCUCAGCACGCCGGCGCUGGCCGUCACCCCCCCUCUGUCCCCGUCGGUGGCGUCCCCCCCUCCGAGGCGCCUCUCUCUUAAGAGGUUUUCCGUGUUCUCUCGCUUCCCAGAGUUCCGUUCCCCGUCCCACGGCGGCAACCUGAACCGCUCGGCGUCCAUCGGCGGAGGCGGCCCGGAGGGCGGCUCCAUCGGCGGCGGCGGCAACGGCCAAAUCCCGGGAACGCCCUUCCAGUACGUUCCGGACUUCUGCGUACGAGCGCUCGGCGACUUGCAGUUUGUCAAGAUCACGCGAGCGCAGUACCAGAACGGCCUGCUGGCGUCGCGUCUGGAGAGCACGCCGCAGUCCCCGGAAGGAAGUCAACAGCGCCUGGACGCGGCGCCGUCCGACGCUCGGCCCGGCCGCUCCGCUGCGACGGGCGGCGGUUUUCCGGGGCGCCGCCUCAGUCAGUCGUCGCUCACGAGCAACCGGGCGGCCCCGGCUCCGACCGCCGCCGCCGACGCCGUUCCGGGAGAGACCACCGUGCUGCUGGGCGAGCAGCGCAACUGCGUGGACCCCCGACGGGCCGGCCAGCCCCUCGCGGCGCAGCAGGCGCACGCCGAGAGUACCAUUUGAGGCGUGGCCGAGAAGGUCGCCGAGGGCGCGCAUGUCACCUUUGAUGCAUAACGACCCGCUCGCCCCUUUCAUCACGACUUUGUCCCAGCGGGGCUCCUCCGUGUGAAAGUUUUCAACACGAAAUGGGAAUUUCCCCAACUUAGCCUCAGAGAGGGGAAAGCGGCUCCACUCGCAACGACCGCUGCCCGUCCGGUCUGGCGCCGACACGGAACGGGCCUGAAGUCCCCCCCCUCCCGGCCCGCGAGCCCCCCUUUUCCCUUUCAGACGUGGACACUUAAAGGUCCAUUUUCCGUAUUCCGCGGUAUUAACGCAGAAGAGCUUGCGUCAGGAAAAAGCCGGCGAGGCUUUUGUGCGAAAGACCGAUAUGCAAAUAUUUUCCACAAACUUUGAGCGGCAUCUUGCUCCAAGUUGUGACCAAGGCGUCAAAUUAUUUAUUAAUUACCUCUUUAUUUAUUUAUUUAUUUAUUGGGUGGACAGGCUGCUAUCUCGUUAGCAUUGUUAGCGCCGCUGUCACUGUGAUCGAAAAAAUUGAUGUCAGCGCAUUUCGACAAAAUGUUGACUUUGGUGAGUCACAAAGUAGUUUGAAGCAUGUUUGACUUAUUUUUUUUUUUUUUUUUUGACAACAGGGUUAAAAGGGAGAUGAUGAUAUCCUCCUAGCCUGUAAAUGUGACGCAACAGCUAGCGGCGUUUAGCAUAGCAUAGAGUCCAUCGCAAAUCUCGUGUGUACGCCAUGAGAAGCACUCACGUGUGUGUGUGUGUGUGUGAAGUCACUUUUUUUUUUUUUUUUUUAAACACUACGCUAAAGUUAGCUAGCAGGACACCGUACUGGUGGUUAGCACGUCUGCGUCACAGUUCUAAGGUUCAUGGUUCAAAAGUGUUAGCAUGUUCUCCCUACGUGCUUGUUUGGGUGUCCCCCCCCCCCCCCACAUUCCGUAAAAACAUGUUAGCAUGCUAGCUCACGUUUGUUGACAAACAGUUUUUAGAGGUAUCACUGCCAGUUUAGGUUCUAUGAUGAUUCACUUUAUUUUUUUUCCAUGCACGCUAGCCUAAGCGGUCAUGCCGGCGGCGACUUCACGUUUAGCCAGCGGAGGCGUCUUUCGAGGUUUGCGUCCGUGUAUUUAUUAACUCUGGGGGUUAACGAUUCAGCACGUUAGUUAACUAAGACUAACGGACAAACAUUCCGUCGCGUGUUGCGCCAACCGCUUUGGCGCCAACGCUGUCGUUCGGCAGGUUCACACACUCGACAAUUCCAAGUGCUAGCAGCUCCGAUGCUAACGCUGGAAUUUUAUUGAUGAAACUGUAUGCGAUUGUAAAGGGAAACGUAUUUCUUUGAAAUGGUAGGAGUAUAGAAGCUAGCACUUUACAUUUGUGAGGCCUAACACGAGGAAUAUUAAGUUGUUUUUUUUCCCUUUUCACAAAGGUGGACAUCCGAGUUAAAUAUGUGAAAGAGCCUGUAAUAUGGCGAGCUGUCCUUAUACGUCGUGAGCCUAGCUAGGUGAACAAAGCUACAUUUGUUGCGGAUCGAUCGGGUGGACUCGGCACACCGGUCGGGAAUCGCUA